GUGGGCUAAAAUAUUGGCACCACGUGGGCCUAAUGCGGGCUAAAAUAUUGGCCCGAUGCACCUUUGCUAUUUUAAUAGGAAUUUAUUUAUAAUAUAUUGAUUACAAUUUAACUCGAUGCAUAAAUUUCAUAAUUUUACAAGCCUUCAAGGUGUUUAGGGAACGUGUUAACCAAAUGUAUCAUGCAUAUACACUGCAUAUACAUAUAUACACUGCAUAUACAUAUAUACACUGCAUAUACAUAUAUACACUGCAUAUACACAUACAUUCCUAAUAUUGAGUUGCACCCUCUUUUGCCAUCAGAACAGCCUCAAUUCAUCAGGUCAUGGACUCUACAAGGUGUUGAAAGCGUUCCACAGGGAUGCUGGCCCAUGUUGGCUGGAUGUACUUUGAGUGGCGGACCAUUCUUGAUACACACGGGAAUCUGUUGAGCUUUUAAAACCCCACAGCGUUGCAGUUCUUGACAGACUCAAACCGUGUGCGCCUGGCACCUACUGUACUACCAUACCCCGUUCAAAGGCACUUCAAUAUUUUUGUCUCUCCCAUUCACCCUAUGAAUGGCACACAUACACAAUCCCAUGCCUCAAUUGUCUCAAGGCUUAAAAAUAUUUAUUUAACCUGUCUCCUCCCCUUCAGAUACACUGAUUUGAAGUGGAUUAAACAAGUGACAUCAAUAAGGGAUCAUGGCUUUCACCUGGAUUCACCUGGUCAGUCUGUCAUGGAAAGAGCAGGUGUUCCUAAUGUUUUGUACACUUUUUUUUAACAAGAUGUGACAUGCACUUAUUUGAAGGGGAAAUCAACAGUUGAAACAAUGACAAAGCGAAACAAUAGUAAAUCCAAGGGGAUGUGGCCGGAGAAAUGUAAACAUUCUCAAAUUCAUGGACAGAGCUAUGGAUGGAAGGACUGACCAUCCAUGACAUCAACAUUAUAGUUUUAACCAUGUUUUGAGGCUAUACAGUGUUUGUUUGUAAACAAAGUAAAUAUAAACAAUCUUGUAUUUUGGGUUCUGAUGGGGUACGAAAGUUGAACUAAGCUCAUGAGGUAUUUAUAAGUUAUGUUCUUGAAGAAUCAAUGAGAACCUACAGUAGCGUUCAUUUAUAAGUCCAAACAUUGAGGUAGUAACUACAGAUUGCCCCUUUAGGAACUUUUUAAAGACUGCAUCAUUGACAGUGUACAAGAUCGAAAAACAUUGGCCAUCACACAACAGAACACAGACACUCAGUAAAAUAAAGAGAGUGUGAGAACUGUGUGCAAACCACACCCCAAAAUAUUAAAAUGAGCCCCCGCCUUUAGCUGGACUUGGUGUGGGCUAGCUCCUAUUGGGCUGGUGUGGGCUAGCCCCUAUUGGGUUGGUGUGGGCUAGCCCCUAUUGGGUUGGUGUGGGCUAGCCUGUGCUGGGCUUGGUGGGGCUAGCCUGGGCUGGGCUUGGUGUGGGCUAGCAUGUGCUGGGCUUGGUGUGGGCUAGCCUGUGCUGGGCUUGGUGUGGGCUAGCCUGGGCUGGGCUUGGUGUGGGCUAGCAUGGGCUGGGCUUGGUGUGGGCUAGCCUGUGCUGGGCUUGGUGGGGCUAGCCUGGGCUGGGCUUGGUGUGGGCUAGCAUGUGCUGGGCUUGGUGUGGGCUAGCCUGUGCUGGGCUGGCCCAUGUUGAGGUGGUGUGGGCUAGUCUGUGUGAAAGGUUGGUGUAGGCGAUCCCGUGUUGGGCUGAUGUGGGAUUGGUGUAAGCUAGCCUGUGUUGAGCUUUUUGUGGGCUAGCCCAAUGUUGGGCUGGUGUGGGCUAGUCCGUGCCCAUCUUGCCCACCAAAAAGCCACACGGGGCCAAUGGGGUCAUGUUUUCUGGGUAUCUUUCUCUUAGACUGCCCUUCUCUGUGUCAAGACUGCCCUUCUCUGUGUCAAGACUGCCCUUCUCUGUGUCAAGACUGCCCUUCUCUGUGUCAAGACUGCCCUUCUCUGUGUCAAGACUGCCCUUCUGUGUGUCAAGACUGCCCUAAUGUGUGUCAAGACUGCCCUUCUCUGUGUCAGGGAGACUCUCUGCCAAAGCUGACUCUCUCCUCUGUUCUCAUCCUUCUAGAUCUAUCUGCUGCCUUCGACACCGGGAACCAUCAGAUCCUCCUCUCCACCCUCUCAGGGCUGGACGUCUCAGGCUCUAUCAGAUCCUCCUCUCCACCCUCUCAGGGCUGGACGUCUCAGGCUCUAUCAGAUCCUCCUCUCCACCCUCUCAGGGCUGGACGUCUCAGGCUCUAUCAGAUCCUCCUCUCCACCCUCUCAGGGCUGGACGUCUCAGGCUCUAUCAGAUCCUCCUCUCCACCCUCUCAGGGCUGGGCGUCUCAGGCUCUAUCAGAUCCUCCUCUCCACCCUCUCAGGGCUGGACGUCUCAGGCUCUAUCAGAUCCUCCUCUCCACCCUCUCAGGGCUGGACGUCUCAGGCUCUAUCAGAUCCUCCUCUCCACCCUCUCAGGGCUGGACGUCUCAGGCUCUAUCAGAUCCUCCUCUCCACCCUCUCAGGGCUGGGUGUCUCAGGCUCUAUCAGAUCCUCCUCUCCACCCUCUCAGGGCUGGACGUCUCAGGCUCUAUCAGAUCCUCCUCUCCACCCUCUCAGGGCUGGACGUCUCAGGCUCUAUCAGAUCCUCCUCUCCACCCUCUCAGGGCUGGGUGUCUCAGGCUCUAUCAGAUCCUCCUCUCCACCCUCUCAGGGCUGGACGUCUCAGGCUCUGCACCCUCCUGGAUUGCAUGCUACUUGGCAGACCUCUCCUAGCAGAUGACGUGGAGAGGAUCUGUGUCUGCACCACGUACUCUCACGUGUCCCACGGCUCGGGUUCUAGGCCCUCUCCUAUUGCCUCCAUACACCAAGUAACUGGGCCCUAUCAUAUCUUCACAUGGUGAGGAAUACCUUUCAUGAACUAACGCUUUACUUUUUUAGUUUUUCGUCUUACUAGCUCUUUGCUGAUAUCUAUUUUUUUGAGGAAAAAUGUCCUUACUAUGACUGUGAUAUGUGGUUGUCCAACCCAGCUACAGUAUCUUAACUUCAUUUACUGUAAGUCACUCUGGAUAAGAGUGUCUGCUAAAUGACUAACGUGUAAAUGUAAAAUUGGGCCUACGGUCAUAAUAUGUUCGGUGCUUAUUCUGGGCAGGUGUAAAUGUGUGUACACUGCCAGCAGGGCUCAGUAACUAACCAGCCACUACUGUAGCUAAUGUCCUCGGUUCCACUGUCUUAGACUUUACACUGUGGAUGUCUAGCAUCACUACCUAGCAAGAGCAAAUGAAGUGACAUUGUUUAGUUUUAUUUGGACCGAGUUUGGUAAGAGAAAGAUCCUGGUGACCAAACAUAAAACAUCCCUGGCCAGCUGGCCGGGUCCCCACCUCUUCCUCAGUGUGGCUGAACACCUGCAGGAACUGGAUACCAGGGUUUGGGGUCAAUUCUAUUUAAAUUCCAGUCAAUUCAGAAAGUAAUGGCUCGAUUCAAUCCGUAGUGCUGAAGAUCCGUGCUGUAGCAUAAUUUCCAUUUAAAGGUCAUUUUCGAUUGAGCCGACAUAUGCAGCGUUUGCAAUGAAUGCAGUCUCUACUAAAGCAGGAACAUCACCUUUAAAUUUCAAACGCAGUCUCCGCGAACGAUGGCACACUGCCUUUACAUUUAUAUCACGCUGUAGCGCCGAUCAUUAGUGCUACGGAUUGAAUCGGGCCCGUUGAAAAGCAUUAAAUAAAGUUGGAACUCCAAUUGACUGGCAUUGAAAUUAAAUUGACCCUUGCUGGAUA